UUGCAAGAGACCAUGACAGUGAAAAAAAUUGCCAUCAUUGGAGCUGGGGUCAGUGGACUAGGUGCCAUUAAGAGCUGUCUGGAAGAAGGACUGGAACCCACUUGCUUUGAAGAAAGAGUUGACAUUGGGGGAAUCUGGAGAUAUGAAGAAAAAUCAGAAGCUGGGAAGUCUAGUAUCUACCGAUCUGCAACCACUAACAGCUCUAAGGAGAUGACAUCCUAUAGCGAUUAUCCAUAUCCUGACCAUUAUCCCAACUUCCUGCAUAAUUCCAAAAUCAUGAAUUAUCUUAAGAUGUAUGCCAAACAUUUUGACCUCCUGAAAUAUAUCCACUUUUUGUCAAAGGUGAGCAGCAUAAGAAAGUGCUCUGAUUUCUGUUCCACUGGUCAGUGGAUUGUUGUGGUUGAAACUGACAAGAAGCAGGAAUCCUACAUCUUUGAUGGGAUCAUGAUUUGCAGUGGUCAGUACAGGGACCCCAAUUUACCACUGGAGAGCUUUCCAGGCAUCAAGAAAUUCAUAGGCACCUAUUUCCACAGCUGCGAGUAUAAGAGUCCAGAAGAAUUUAAGGGGAAGACAGUUCUGGUGAUAGGACUUGGGAAUACUGGAGUAGAUGUGGCCUGUGACCUUAGUCAUGUGGCUAAACAGGUGUUCCUCAGCACACGGCGAGGAUCCUGGAUAUGGAAUCGUAUUUGGGAUAAUGGGUAUCCCUUGGAUGUUGCACUCUUCACUCGCUAUAAUAAUAUCAUCAACAAAUGUCUAGGCAACUCCAUUAUCAACAAAUUGACAGAAGACAAAUUAAAUGCAAGGUUUGACCACACCAUGUAUGGUCUGAAGCCUCAUCAUAGGUUCCUAAGUCAUCAAGCUACUGUUAGUGAUGAGUUGCCUAACCACAUAAUGGCUGGAAGACUGAUAGUGAAACCAAAUGUAAAAGAAUUCACUGAAAUAACAGCCAUCUUCAAGGAUGGUACUGAAGAAGGCAUUGAUGUUGUGAUCUUUGCCACUGGAUACACUUUAUCUUUUCCUUUCCUGGAAAAUGAUUCAGCAAUCCUAGAUAGCCAGAACUCCUUAUUUAAAUAUGUCUUCCCUCCUCAAAUGGAAAAACCAACACUAGCAUUCAUUGGUAUGAUCCAGCCAAUAGGAGCUAUUAUUCCGACAUCAGAAAUCCAGAGCCGAUGGGCCACACGUGUGUUUAAAGGGCUGAACAAAUUACCUUCAAUGAGUGAAAUGAUGACUGAAAUCAAACGGAAGAGAAAUGAUCUGAGAAAACAGUUCAUAAUAAGUGUUCGUGAUGAACGCCGAGUUCAAUACAUUGAGUACAUGGAUGAAAUCGCCUUGGAAAUAGGAGUAAAGCCCAAACUUCUUUCUCUCUUAUGGGAUCCCAAGUUGGCUUUAAAUAUUUACUUUGGUCCUUGUACUCCAUACCAGUACCGCCUGCAGGGACCCGGGAAAUGGGCAGGGGCCAGGGCAGCCAUUUUGACUCAGAGAGAACGCAUCAUCAAACCCUUGAGAACUCGAAUUGUCAAUGAUAACCAACUUCCAUUCUCUGUGCCACUUUGGCUUUUAGGUACCAGUAUGGCCCUUCUUGUUGUUCUUAUCUUAGUGUUAUUUUAG